UAAAUAUUCUUCAGAGACCUCUCAGAUUUCAUCUCAAAUACCUUCUCUAAAUCUUCCUUCAACACACUCGUGCUCAGAGAAGCUGUACAGAUAUCUUCAGCUCCAGUGGUUUGUGUGUUGUCUUCAGGACACGCCCACAGUCAGGAGAACCUCAUGAAUAUUCAUGUAAGUGUCACUCUGUGGAGCCAAUAAUAUUUCAGGAUAUACCUGUAGAUCACACAGGUGUGUUUUAGUGAAGUGAAAGAGUCAAAGAGCUCAGAUUGUGUUCCUGCUGCACAAGAGCGUCUGUACUUCUGCAUCUGCAGUAUGGCAGAGGAGCGAGUAAAGGACUCUCUCUCAGAGAAACACAGUGUGAGAUCAGGAUCACGUGUGUCCCGCUCUGUGUCUCUGAAGAGUAACCGGUCUAAAGGUCAUCCUCCAGACCUCAGUGAGAAAACACCAUCAUCAGUCAAAAGUGUGAGAUCAGGAUCAUGUGUGUCCAGCUCUGUGUCUCUGAAGAGUGACUGGUCUAAAGAUGAUCCACCAAACUUCAGAGAGAAAACCACAUCAUCUGCCAUCAGUGUGAGAUCAGCAUCAUGUGUGUCCAGAUCUGUGUCUCUCAAGAGUGACUGGUCUAAAGAUGAUCCACCAAACGUCAGAGAGAAAACACCAUCAUCUGCCCAAAGUGUUGAAUAUGAGUUAGCAGAUUCAGGAGACGAGACUCACAGGAGACACAAGAGCUUCACAGACAAUCUCCAGUGGAUCUUCCAGAAUCUUGAGAGUAAAAUGAUCAGAUUUCUGAAGAAUGAACUGGGAAACUUUAAGAAAAUCUUACAAGCAGAAAACAGACAAGAGUUUGUAAAGGAGUUUAAUGAGAACAGCAGCAGAAUCACAGAAGCAGCUCUUGAUCUCACACUCUUCUUCCUGAGAGAGAUGAAGCAAGAUCAAGCUGCUGAUACUCUUGAGGGUCAGCUGUUCUUCAUCAAUCAGCUUAAAUGUAGCCUGAAGAAGAAAUAUCAAAGUGUGUUUGAAGGAAUUGCUCAGCAAGGAGACUCCACACUUCUGAAUAACAUCUACACAGAUCUCUAUAUCACUCAGGGUGCGAGUGAACAGGUCAACACUAAACAUGAGAUCAGACAGAUUGAAGCUGCUUCCAGACGUCAUCAGUCACUAGAGAUACAGGUUGAAUGCAAGUUUGUUCUGGAUUGGACUGAAGGAAAAGAAAAUCAAGACAUCAGCUUCAUAUUUCCUCUUCCAUUCAGAGAGAUGAACUUAAAGGAGAAAGAAAGACAAAGUUUAAAAGACCUCAUAACUCAGUUUUUCCCAGAGACUAAAGGACUGAACCUUACAAGAAGCACACGAUUCAAAGUCCUGUUCAUCCUUGAUGGAUUGGAUGAAUGUCGUCUUCCUCUGAACUUUGCUGGUAAUGAGACGUGUUGUGAUGUAUCUUCAGCAGUCUCUCUGGAUGUUCUCCUGACGAACCUCAUCAAGGGAAAUCUGCUUCCUUCUGCUCUCAUCUGGAUCACCAGCAGACCAGCAGCUGCCAGUAAGAUUCCUGCUGACUGUAUCGACCGGCUGACAGAGAUACGAGGAUUCGAUGAUGCCCAAAAGGAGGAGUACUUCAGAAAGAGACUCACAGAUCAGAAUCAGGCCAGAGAAAUCAUUGAUCACAUUAAACAAUCAAAGAGUCUCUUUAUUAUGUGCCACAUCCCAGUCUUCUGCUGGAUUUCAGCCACUGUUCUCCAGAACAUUUUGAAGGAGAACAGAAAUACUGAACUGAAACACAGGACUAAUGCUGAAACACUGCAGAAAUCUCCCAAGACUCUGACACAGAUGUACACACACUUUCUCUGCUUUCAGAUCCAGCAGAGCAGAAGAAAGUAUGAUGGAGAAAACACACCAGAUGUCUCCUGGGAUCCAAACCUCAUCCUUUCACUGGGGAAACUGGCCUUCCAGCAGCUGAAAAGAAACAAUGUGAUCUUCUAUGAGAGCGAUCUGAAAGACUGUGGCAUUGAUGUCUAUAAGGCAUCAGUGUACUCAGGCAUGUGUACCCAGAUCUUUAAGGAGGAGACGGGGAUCAUUCUUGGUACCAUGUACUGCUUUCUUCACUUGAGCAUUCAGGAGUUCAUUGCAGCCCUUUAUCAACAUCUGUUUCUAGACAUCAACAAGAAGCAUGGAUGGUUUUUUAUACAGAAAAGCAAAAAUAAAGGCAUGAUUGAUUUGCUGAAGACUGCUGUAGACAAGGCUCUAGAAAGUGAGAAUGGACAUCUGGACCUUUACCUUCGCUUCCUUCUUGGUCUGUCACUCCAGUCCAAUCGACAACUCUUACGAGGCCUGUUGACACAGCCGGAUGACAGAGACCAGAGCAAAGAGGAAAUAAUCGCAUACAUCAAGCAGAAACUUAAAAGACAUCUGUCUCCAGAGAGAUCCAUCAAUCUGUUCUACUGUCUGAAUGAACUGAACGACCAAACUCUUCUGAAAGAGAUUCAGUCUCACCUUAGUAGAGGAAGUCUGUCAUCUGCUGACCUUUCACCUGCCCAGUGGUCUGCUGUGGCCUUUGUGUUGUUGACCUCAGAGGAGGAGCUGGAGAAGUUUGAGCUUCAGAAAUUCCAGAGAUCAGACGAGUGUCUCAUCAGACUAUCAGCAGUCAUCAAAUCCUCCAAAAGAGCUCAGCUACAGUGCUGUAAUCUCACUGUUCAGUCUUGUGAGAGUUUGUCUUCAGCUCUACAAUCCUCAAACUGUGUCCUGACAGAGCUGGACCUGAGUAACAAUGACCUGCAGGAUUCAGGAGUGAAGCUUCUCUCUGAUGGACUGAAGAGUCCAAACUGUAAACUGGAGAUACUGAGAUUGUCUGGCUGUAUGGUGACAGAGGAAGGCUGUGGUUUUCUGUCUUCAGCUCUGACUUCAAACCCCUCACACCUGAGAGAGCUGGAUCUGAGCUACAAUCAUCCAGGAGAUUCAGGAGUCAAGCUGCUCUCUGAACAACUGGAGGAUCCAAACUACACACUGGACAAACUCAAUCUGGAUCAUGGAGGAGAGAAGAGGAUUACAGCAGGACCACGCAAAUAUGUCUGUUUCCUCACACUGGAUCCAAACACAGCACACACUCGUCUCAUUCUGUCUGAGGAGAACAGAGAGGUGAAGAGUGUGGAAGAGGAUCAGCCGUAUCCUGAUCAUCUAGACAGAUUUGAUGGUGUGUAUCAGGUGUUGUGCAGAGAGAGUGUGUGUGGACGCUGUUACUGGGAGAUUGACUGGAGUGGAGAUCAUGGUGUGUGUAUAUCAGUGUCAUAUAAGAGCAUCAGGAGGAAGGGACGAGCAGGUGGUGAGUGUGUGUUUGGAUAUAAUGCUCAGUCCUGGAGUUUGAUCUGCUUUUCCUCUGGUUUCUCAUUCAUACACAAUAACACACACACUGAUCUCCCAGUGAAGCGGCUCAGCAGGAGAAUAGGAGUGUUUGUGGAUCACAGUGCAGGAACUCUGAUCUUCUACAACAUCUACAGAGACACAAUGAGCCUCAUCCACUCAGUCCAGACCAAAUUCACUGAGCCGCUCUGGCCUGGGUUUAUAGUUUAUCCUGGAUCAUCAGUGAAACUGAGCUGAAGACUGACAAGAGAUUUACCCACAAUCCUCUACAGGAGCAGUCAGCAGCAGCUGUGUGUGUGUGUGUGUGUGUGUACAGGACAGACCUGCUUUCAGAAAAUGUGUGUAAAUAAUUGGGAAGAACUGUAAGUGAGUGUGGCGAUUCAUUGAGAGAUUUGUUUCUUGAUUUAUUUGUAAAACAUGUUUUAUCAAGUAGUUCACUUCAGCAGAACUUGCACUUGAUGUUUUGUUUCAUCCGUUCUUCUUCUUCUUCUUCUUGUUAGUUUUUUGGUGAAUUGCAUUCUUUGUGCAUAUCGCCACCUACUGUGCUAGUUGUGCAUCCAGAUUCUGUGAUUGCUCUGCCCCAAUCCCACCCUAUAUGGGGCAUCUGCAGACUUGGAUCCAGGCAGUUUUACGCCCCUGUUGUUCCUAAUGCGUCCAGUGGGGGGAUGAAAGGUACAUGGCCAAAUAAUAGAUUUGAAGUCAAUGCUCCAGAUUAUUAAAUGUCCUGUUUAUAAAUAUAUAUUUUAAUUAUAUUACGCUAAAUAUAAACGCUGAGUUGAUGUAUCAGGAAGUGAGUUAUACACUCACUAUAGAAUAUGCACAACUGAUACACUCACCAGAUAAUUCAGAUAAUCAAAAGCCCAAGUGCAGAUUCAUUUAAUUCAUUUAAUUAAUCAAAUUCAAACACAAAUAGUUGGAUAGUGUACUGGUUAAUUGUAGCCUAGUUAUACGUCUACAUAUAGAGAUAUGCAUUUAGUUGUAUUGUUUAUAUCUAAAGUUACAUUCUGAAAAUAACACAAUGAUAAGCAAACAAUAGAGAGUAGUAUGGAUUAUUGAUAUGCUUUGAUGAGAAUGCAGUGGUAUUGACUAGCAGACAGCUGCAGAACAUUUACACAAACAAUUCACUACUUUCUAAAACUCCAGCACCAUUUAGCUACCUGACGAACACAAACCCAGACAACAUUAGAUUUUUCACAUUUAUUUAUUGACCACAGCAUCACUAGAGAUAGCCAGUGUUCUUUAAAUGAAGCUGAAUCCUUGCAUCAGAUUCUUCACGCUUACUGAAAAAUAAAUCAAUACAGUUAUGUAUUAAAACUCUGCAAAAAUCCUUUCCUCACUCAAGAGUUUCUGACUUGCUUCUAAUCUAAAUAUCCACAAAUUCUUAAUCCUCAGAAACAGGAAGAAAUGGAAAAUGAUAAGCAAAAACAAACCAUUUCAUGCCAUUUUAUAUAUUAUCUGGACCUGUGCAAAACAUCUCAAUAUAUUGAAAGAUUUGAUUUAGGGUUUAUAAUAUUGUGGGUUGAAACCGGAGCACCUGGAGGAAACCCACGCGAACGCAGGGAGAACAUGCAAACUCCACACAGAAACGCCAACUGACCCAGCCGAGGCUCGAACCAGCGACCUUCUUGCUGUGAGAUGACAGCACUACCUACUGCGCCACUGCGUCGCCCCAAAUCUAAAACAAUAAGUGAUGAACAAUAUGAAUGCAUGUGCAAUGAAACCUUUCAUGCUAAUAUAUCAAAUGUACCGUAUAGCUAUAUGAACAACAUUAGCAGAGCAUUUCUAAUAGUGAGUUUCUCUAUGCAUUUACAGAUAUAUGAUAGUUUAAUUGUUUAAACUAGAACAGGAUUGCAUUAUAUUACAUGUAAUUGACUGCAGUGCAAUUUUAAAAUUUAGAAUAAAAUCAAUUCAAUUUUCA